AUGAAAAUAUUUAGAGACAGUAUUUCCUUAUUCGAUAUCGCACUAUUUGAAAAAGAAUCGUGCGACAUAGUUAAAACGCUGUGGGGUGAUGUUGGAAAAGAAAAAAACAUUGACUUUGAGGAAUUAAACAAAAUAAGAAAGAGAUAUCUACCUAGUGUCAAGGACAUUAAUGACGAUAAUAUUAGCGAUAUAGAUCCGAAGAUUCUUAGUCAUUUGUUAUGGUUCAUGGACGAAUCUCCAUUAAUAUUACGUAAACAUGAAAACGUCGAAAAAGGUAUCCAACUCUGUCCUGGCAAAAAGUUCAUUCUGGUUGGCGAAUGCAAAUAUGAAGAGUGGAUGAAAACGUAUUCUGUGUUCCAAAAUCUAUCAAACCUGAAUAGCAAACCUGAGCUACGAGACACAAUUAUGCAAAAUUUUACCAUAUCGAUACAAGGAAAAGAAGAACUUAAUCUAGUUACUGCUUUUGGAGAUAAUGGGGAAUUUUUAGAAAAUGUUAGGACCGACCAUUUAAUAGAAAUGCUAAACGGUCCAUUUCCUAUUGACGGGGAAAAGGAAACACUUCCUGAACCUUAUGUUGAACGUUAUCUGUCUCGGAAUAUUGUAAACUUCACAUAUUUAGAAAAAGUCCACGAAAACACCAUUAUUAUUAUGAAUUGGGCGAAUAACUUUGACAUCGUUAAAGACAAACUCGACAAAUGUCAAUUAAUUGACAUUGAUAACUUUUUACAGAAAAAAAAUCACACUGCCGAAAAUCUAACAAAUGAAGCUUGUGUGCUUAAUUCUGGCCCAAAUAGACACACAGCUAAUUUUGACCUCAACAAAUCGAGCUCUGCUAAUAAAGAGUUCGUUGGUCACCGGAAAAAAAUUCAAUAUGAUGAGUUUAAUAAUGAAAAUAGAAUUUAUCUUGAUAAAUCAAAGUUUGGUUUAACGAUUUAUGCAGAAUAUUUAAUUGCUACAUAUUUAACCAAAAACGUAAGUGAGUUUAAAGACAUAAUUACUGAUACAAUAUUCCACGCAAAGUAUGACAACGUUCGUUUCUUUUUUGACAUGUUGAUAGCUAAAAACUCAAAAGCUCAUAUUGCCGUGUUGUACAAAAAUUACGAAUUACUGAGAACAUACGACGACAAAAUAUUAAAAGGCAAAGAUGAAGGGGGUAGAAAUGCUUUACAUUUGAUUUCGUCGUGGGGACGCAGACACCCCCGUGUAACACUGACGGUUGUAAAUGAGGAGUAUAUUGUGCACGAAGCUAACAAUUUCGUUGAAAAACCCGAAACCGAAGCAUAUUUUGAAACGAUAACGUACUUGCAAGGAAAGAACGAUGUUAGGGAACGUGACGUUUUGCUAGAUACGACGCCUUUGUCUUACGCCAUACGAAGUGAGAGUUUAGGAGCGGAACUGAAAUUACUUCAAAUAAAAAUAAAUGAAUUGACUAAAUUAUGCUCUACCAAAGACCUAAUAAAUAUACUAUUUUAUUGUGCUAAAUUUGGCUACGAAGACGUGUGCAAAUUCUUCAGAGUGAGCGAGUUAAAAAACUUUUGGUGCAAAACGAAAGUUGUUACUGCUAAAGGAGCUAAAACGCUACUGUUGCUGGCCUGUCAAAACGGUAAUUUAAACAUCGUUAAAGAUUUUGUAAGGUGUGGUGCGACAGCACAUUGCACGGCUUCCCCUACUCGUCAUAAAAGCGUUGACGAAUACUUGUCGACAGUCGACACCGAAAUCAAUCGCGCUGAUAAUGACGGUGUGACACCACUUUUCGUAGCUUCCUUAAACGGCCACCAAACAGUUGUCGAACACUUGGUGACAAUCGGCGCCGAAAUCAAUCGCGCUACGAAUAACGGUCUGACAUCGCUUCACAUUGCUUCCUUCUUAGUUGUACAGCACUUUAUACAGCCUCUCGACACGGUUACAAAGAAGUUGUAG